GCUCUGAAGAGCGAGAUGGUGGAGGUACGUUCCGCGGGCCAGGCUGCAAAUUGCGUCCACCACGUUUUCGCACUGGGUGGCACUGAUGAAGAUCAGAGGAUCCACUUCUCAGCCGAAUGCUUGGACCCGGAUGAGAACCGAUUCAGCCUCCGGGCACCCAUGCAG